GAGAGAGAGCCACCAGCUUCAAGCUUCUGGUGACCACAAGAGUUUUCACUCUUCAGAGAAGGAAGGAAGGGGAGAGAGCUAGGUUUGGAAAUGAGAUUUCACGCAACGACGAUUUCUAGGGUUUCCCAAUUAAAAAACAGAGCUCCAGUUUUGUUUCAAUCGUCUCAGCUUCGCUCCAACCACCAAAAAAGGUGUAAUUUUGGAAUUGCAUUUGAUAUCGAUGGGGUUAUUCUUCGCGGCCGUGUUCCUAUUGGAGGUUCUCCGCAAGCUUUGAGAAGAUUGUACGGAGAUUCUGGUGAAUUGAAGGUUCCAUACUUGUUCUUGACAAAUGGAGGUGGUGUCCCAGAAACUAAGCGAGCCAAGGAGUUAAGUGAACUUUUGGGGGUAAAUAUUUUGCCUUCUCAGGUUGUACAGGGUCACUCACCUUUUAGAAAUUUAUUGAAGAAAUUUGAGAAUGAACUCAUUAUUGCUACUGGGAAAGGGAACCCUGCUUUGGUGAUGUCUGAGUAUGGCUUCAAAAAAGUUCUGUCCUUGGAAGAAUAUGCAUCUUACUUUGAGAUCAUUGAUCCUGUAUCUCAAUAUAAGAGAUGGACAACUGCACCUGUGUCAGAUAGGAAGACACCAGCAGUGCCAAGAUAUGAUGUUUUCUCAGAAAGGAUUAAGGCAGCAUUUGUUGUCAGUGAUCCUGUAGACUGGGGCAGGGACAUUCAGGUGCUAUGUGACAUUUUAAGAUCUGGAGGCCUUCCUGGAGAUGCAAAUAGAAACCAACCACCUUUAUAUUUUGCCGCGGAUGAUCUUGAAUAUCAGGCUGCCUUUCCAUCUGAGCGUCUUGGAUUGGGUGCUUUUAGAAUUGCACUGGAGAGCAUCUUCAACAUAAUCAACCCCAAAGGUCUAGAGUAUGUAUCUUAUGGGAAACCAAAUCCAUUUGUCUUCAAGAAUGCUGAAGCAAUAUUGAGCCAACUCCAGUCAUCUUCUUGCAUAGAUCAUUCUGAGAACAAUGGAGUUUCUGGAUCACAUCCUUUUGAAACACUUUACAUGAUUGGUGAUAAUCCUUCAGUUGAUGUCAAAGGCGCAAGGCAGUCCGGGCAUCCUUGGUUUUCUAUCUUGACAAGGACAGGUGUUUUCCGAGGAAAAGAUAAUCAUGCAGAAUUUCCAGCAAACCUGGUUGUUGACACUGUUGAGGAGGCAGUAGACUAUAUUCUGAGAAGAGAGUAUAAUUCUUAGCAAUCUGCCCUUCUUCCAAGUGUUUAUUCAUAUUGUCCUUAGAAACAUAUUUUUGGUAGAACCAAAGCUCAUUGUCCCAACGAAAUUUUGGGGUUUAUUUGAAUGUAUUCAUAGAUACCACCAUUGGUAAUACUAUUUUCUAGAUCCAGUUUGACAUUACAAUGAGAUUGAAGGGAUUUUCUUUCGUAAUUGAGAAUAAAUUCAUCGUAAUCGAGAGUUAAUUGUAAUUUA